GACAUUUUGAGCAACAGAACUCAGAGUUGCUGUCACUAACUCCUCAAUGAGCAAAGUAGGUGGGUGCUUCUUAAGUUCAACAAAUCCUUGGCAGCACAACUCCCACUCAUUUUUCAGCCCACAAGCUCAGAGUGAAACAUCUGCCAUCACAAGUCUCCUGAAUUAAUUAAAAUGGCCACUCAAUCUCCAUCAAAUGAAAGUAUUUCCAACCAAUCCUGCAAUGUAUUUACCAACAAGGAAUCAGCGCAAAUUCUCUUCCCUGUCUUCUACAUUACUGUGCUUGUUGUCAGUGUCUCGGGCAACAGCCUGGUCCUGUAUAUCACCAGCCAGAAAAAGAAAAAAUGUAACUCCACCACACUUUACCUGAUCAACCUUGCAAUCUCUGAUACCCUCUUCACUCUUGCUCUUCCCGGUAGAAUCACCUACUACAUUCGUGGGUUUGACUGGCCGUUUGGAGAUCUUUUUUGCAGGCUUACUGCUGUUAUUUUUUAUUCAAACACCUACACAGGCAUCGCUUUCAUGACCUGCAUCAGUGCUGACCGCUACCUAGCCAUGGUGCAUCCACACAGGUGUCCUAAGCUGAGGAGUCUGAAGGUGGUACGAAGAAUCUGCAUUCUAGUCUGGGCAAUCGUUUUCCUGGAAACAUCUCCCAUGCUCUUUAGAAGCAUGAUGAAAGAGUGGGAAGGUCAGAAAACAUGCAUGGAGUUCUCCAACUUAGACGAAUCUGCAAAAACCCCAUAUGUGCUUUUGCUUGCCUGUGUUAUUGGGUUCUGUGUGCCCCUGGGACUUAUCCUGGGCUGCUACAGCCAGAUCAAUUCCAAGCUUUCCAAGAUGGCCAAGGAGAACCCUAUGACUGGCAAGUCAGGGAAAAGCAGCAGAGCCAAGAACAUAAUACUGCUGAUUUUGCUGAGCUUCAUGCUGUGCUUCUGCCCAUACCACAUCAAUAUCAUGCAGUUUAUGGUGCGCAGACUUCUCCAUAAACCCUCUUGCGAGGAAAAGAAGGCUUUCAAGAUGUCUCUUCAAAUCACAGUGUCCAUGAUGAACCUCAACUGCUGCCUGGAUCCAGUCAUCUAUUUUUUUGCAAUUAAGACCUACAAGCAGAGAGUAAUGAGUAUUUUUAAGGGUUAUAUGCCUGCUUCACUGUCCUCAAAGAGCAUGCCUGAUAACAGCACCAGCAACACUUGAGAACCGUCCUAUUUGAGUAAAGCAAUUCUCAUGUUAAAAUGAAAAGUAUUAUUUGAUUAAGAAUUUAUGUUUAAGUGUUGGACCCCCUCUUUAUUUUCUAAGAAUUGGCACAUUAGCACCCUGCUGUCAACAGUUGCUAUCUGCCAAAUGAUUCAUUGAAAUAUAAUUUCGCUGUCUUUAAUUCUGUUCUUAAGUAAAGCUUUAAUUUACUGUUUUUGUCUUAAUAAUUUCAUGACAGUUUUACACAGUAAUAAAAUUGUAUUCAUUUGUAGACUCAAAUGCACGCUUAUUAUCUUUAUAGCAAACUGCGACUUUGUUCUGUGAUUUCUUUUCUGGAAACUAUUGUUUGGAGAAGUAUAGCAGAAACCAUGACUAAGCAACUGCGAAUCGAUCACAGUUGGCUUGUGAAGUAUUAAAUGCAUUAGUAUUUAGGAGACUAUUUAUAGUCAUUCAGUUUUCAAUGUAACUUUUAUAGAAAAAAUGCAGCAAGAAUAUUAAACAUAAAAAUACAAAAAAAAGCUUACUGAUUACUGAGUACUGAUACUCUCAGCUAUAUGUCCUAUAUGACUACCAUCAAAGGUAACAGUAUGAAUUUAAACCCUACUCAGAUAAAAGUAGACAUACUUUAUUGAAUGUCAGAAAGUAGCUAUUGAAAGCAAGUAUUAGAAAUAAAAAAGUAAUUGAUAAAUGUGUGAAGUUAAGUAAGUUCUAGCUGACGAUGACUGACACGAUUCUUGAUAUAAUUGUCUACACUUAUGAACUUAUUUAAAUGCUUUAAAUUGAGUUUCAUAGAAAAUUCUAAUAAAAUGUUAUUUCCGAUUUAUGUACAGCAUACUGCCAUUGGUGAGAAAAGAGGAACCAUUUAAAGAUUGUAAUGAAUGCUUUGAAAAUUGUAUUUGUAUGUUUUUUUAUUGUAAAAGUGUACCAAAUAUUCAGUCUAUAUAAAUAUAGUAAAAUAAAAGUAUAAAGUAUAAAGUGAAACAUGGUGUAGAAGCACAACUCCUCAAAUAUUUUCCAUCCUUGCCUACUAGCAGAAAUUAAUCUUCCCUGAGAGCAGCUGAAUUUACUCUCUUCUGUCAUUCAAUAAAGGAACAACAAUCAAAAAGAUUUUCAUUUCUUUAGUUUUUCUUAUAAAUUAUACAUUUGACAUUUUACUACUAUAAGAAGAAUGAACAUUUCCUGACAUUUCAGUAAAAGUACAUCAAAAAGCAAACUCUACUUGUACUACAAGCUAUGGAGAAAUAAAACCUCCUUCAAAGAUUUAGAAAAAAAGGUCAGCAUUCCUAUAGACAAUAGAUCAGCAAAUACUGAACUGUAAAUAGUGAAUAGUGUAAUGGGUUUUAAAUGUCUCAUGCACCAACGCAUUCGUUUCUAUAUUUGUUUUCUUUAUUUUCUGAUUGUUGUACACCUUUUCAACAAUGCUUGCAAAUUUCAAAACGCUUGUACAUUCUGAUAGUCUGAUAUGACAGUAUU